UAGUAAGGAUGGGCUUUGUUAUGGCCCAGGAAGAUAAAUAGCUCAUUGACCCACCAAAGAUGUGUUGUUGAAUUUUGAUCAUCAAUUCAUCGUCCUCUUCACCGUUGGACUUCUAAACUCGAAAUCUUGGUAGCGAAGGAAACGAGGAGUAAAAUCCAGAGGGCAACCAUUAACAAACAACGACAUAUCGACAAGGCAAUAAUAAUAAUGAGCCGAUACUACAAAUAAACUACCCUCAAGCUUCACCGGGUGUAUCAAUCGAGCUGUUUCAACUUGGAUUGCGCUAGCUAGGCAUGUCAUUGGUUCGUUGAUCUUCGUUUGAGUUGAUGAAUUCCCUUCUUGGAGCCGAAAUGAAUGCAAAUUUGUGUUGAAAGGGUCCACUGAAGAAACCUAUCUUCACCCUUUUUGCUGUUUCCCUACUCGAGACAGAUACCUGGUGAUUGAGUUUGGAGUCAAAGAUGCUGCUGCAAUUUUCAGACCCAUCCAAGCUUAAAACCAAGAUGUGUGUGUUUGAGGACAAAUUCAUUGCACGUGAUUCUGGUACACUUGAACAACUGAAGGAGAUGACUUCUAGGCGUAGAGUUAUCGAGGAAUCCAUUAAUGAAACUAGCUCUAUCACAGAUGCCAUUGCAAGAGAAAUGUCUGGCGGGUUGUCUUCACACACUCAACAGGUCCUUCACAAACUACAGCAAUAUCUGCCCUUGUUGGAAAAUUUUAUUUCCCAAGUUGAUAUGCUCGAUUAUAACCUCAGGAUAGUUCAGUGGACUUCAGACUUAAAGAUACGAUGGUCGAGUGCUCUGAGCUCAUCUUUGUUAUUUCAUCUUAGGGGUCCAAAGUUUUUCCAAAUAGAUAACUUGAGGUUUGAGGUAGGGAUGAUGCUUUCUUUAUAUGGCGCUUUUCUCAGGCAGAGGGCAUUAGAAGUUAUAUCAGAAGAUCAAGUGCAAUCUGCGACCUUUUUCAGAGAAGCUGCCGGGGUUUAUCAAUAUCUUGCUGAGGAGAUUCUUCCAACCAUCCAACACUGCCUGCCUUCUGAAAGGCCACCAGAAGUUAUUCCAUCCACUUCUGCUGCGAUGAGUCUUAUUUGUUUAGCUGAGGCUCAGGCUGUCACAUCGAUGCGGGCAGAAGAAAAGGGAACUAUUCCUAGUCUUUUGGCAAAGCUACAUUAUGGUAUUGUUGAAUUACUCAAUGAAUCAGCUAAUCAUUUACACAUAAGUUCUGGAGAAAGCAAAGAUAUGUCCUCAAACUUUCUGGAAUUUCUAUCAGCUUUCAGAGCUCUACAUGAGUUGAUGAGUCGGAAAAAUCUUGCAAAAGAACUAAUGUCUGGUGGCCAGUCUGGAGUUGCUAUAGGAGUUCUUAGAUAUGCAUUAACUGAUGUCAAAAAGGAAAUGCCAAGAGAAAAUUCAUGGAAACUCGUUUUCGGAAUAGAAAUAGAUAUUGUAACCGAAACGCUCAGGAAGUUUGAACGCGAGAAUGAAAUUGUAUGGCAUAAGAAAAUUCCUUCAAGAGAUGAGUUGCCAACGCCUGUAGGUACCCAAAUCGUCAAAUCCAUACCUUAUAAUCCCAAAAAAUGGGAGAGAGACCUAGCAUUUAAAAUAUGAAUUGAAGCUCCACGUAAAUAUGGUCAUUUGUUAUUGUUGGGGACGUUUAUGGAGCUGCUUCUUUUCCCAAUUUCAUUCUAUAAAAGCACAAGAGAAUCUGGUGCUCUUUUUUAGAAAUAUCUCGUUAGCUGGUUUAGUGACUUUUUGGUGAAAAUGUGAAGCAUUUGUAUAGAAAGGUACAUUGAUUAUAGUAGUUGCUGGUUUUUGCAUUUUAUUCAUUUGAAAUGCUCAUAAAUAUGUAAAGUUUGCCUAAAUAAGAGGUUGAUUUCACUA